AAUUGUCAAACGUAUUUACCAUCGUAAGUGAUUUACACCUGCAUCGCUCUACACUUUCAUAAUUCGAUCACCAGCACAACAAAAUAAAUUUGAUUACAUUGCAAACUGCAUAUAUAAUGUUUAAUAUUUAUAAACAUAAUAACACAAAUUUUUAAGUGAUCAUGUCAAAUACUUUCGAAGAUUGCAGCAGCUACCUUCCUGAUGCCGAAUGGCAAUUUUGGUGUAGACUCUGUGCUAAGGAGGAUGUACGAAAUAUCAAUAUAUACCCAGAACAAAACAAAACUGAAUUGGCCACAAAUUCCACUCUGAUAGACUUUAUAGCGGAGUUUUUUAAAGUUCAUAUACGACAAAACGAAGAUUUACCACAUUGGCUUUGUGCACAAUGCUUUACAUCGGUUUCGGCCUUGUCCAAAUUCACAAAUCAAGUGAACAGAGUACAAAGUAUGUACAAUGAAAUACAAAGUUCUGGACACAGAAAAGCGGAAGAUUUCCGGGUUAUCCGAGAAAACUAUAACUUAUUCGGGUAUGAGUUAUUUAUGUUUGACAUAUCGGAUACCAAACCAUCUAUUGAAAAUAUUUUUGUUGCUGAUGGCCCCGAAAUAAUUGAGCAUAAAUCAUUGGAUAGUAUUGUAAAAAGUGAAGUAAUAACGGACGACUUACAGAGUGGCAUAUUUCUCAAAGACAUCGAAUUUAAUAGUGAAUUCCAAGAUCCCAUUGGUGAUGCAGUUGAAAAUCAUACUGACGAAGUAGGUAGUAGUGAACGCUUAAGUAAAAGUGUUGAAAACAGUAAAUCAGAAAAAACUAGCAAAGUAUAUAGCAAAAUCCAUCGUCUGAAAAGGCGUAAAAGUUCUUCGGAUGAGGAAUCGAAUGUAAACAAACACAGUUGUAACGAUUGCGCACUACAUUUCAAAAAAAGUAGCAAUUACCUUAUACAUAUGAGGAAAAAACAUGGUGUUGAAACACCACCUAGUAUCAUUUCUUGUCCACAAUGUUCAAGAACUUUCAAAUCUAAAUUCAAUUUUAAACGACACCUUAAGACACAUCGACCUGUAGCAGAGAAGAAAAUAUAUCCAUGUCCGCAAUGUGAUCGAAAAUUCCAAACGAAAGAUUAUGUAUUUCGACAUAUUAAGUUUGUGCAUGAAGAAAUUCGCCCGUUCAUUUGCGAAGAAUGUGGUGAAGGUACGCACACCGAAACUACACUGCGGGAGCACAUGCUUAAACAUACCGACUAUGCCCCUUUUGAAUGUGAGAUUUGUAAGAAAGGAUUUAAAACUCAAGCACGUUUGAAGAAUCAUAUGGAGAUGCACAGUGAACAUAAACAUAUAUGCAGUGAAUGUGGUUUAGAAUUGAAUUCGCGUGUAACCUUGAAUCGUCAUAUGCUUGUUCAUUCUGAUGAGAUGCGUCAUAAGUGCGAUUAUUGUGGGCGCGAAUUCAAACGAGCGAAAACUUUAAAAACUCACUUAUUACUUCAUAGCGGCUUGAAACCAUAUACAUGUGACUUCUGUGACAAAACGUUUGCCAAUGGCUCAAAUUGUCGUACUCAUAAAAAAAAGUCGCAUCCCGAAGAAUUGGCGGCUUUAGAGGCUUCCGGAGAAAAGAAAUUCACCAAAAAUAUCCCUAAAUUAGCGGUUUUAAAGUCAGUUACACGCACAGCUGAAGAUCUACUUCCCGUGGUAACCAAACAAAGUGGAAAUUUUUCUUCCGGCAAGAAACCGAAACCCCCAUCUAGUUGUAAAGAUGAAACACAACAAUAUUUAGAAAAUAAAACAAUACGGCAAAAUGAAAAUUUACCACAUUGGCUUUGUGCACAAUGCUUUACAUCGGUUUCGGCCUUGUCCAAAUUCACAAAUCAAGUGAACAGAGUACAGAGUAUGUACAACGAAAUACAACAUUCUGGACACAGAAAGGCGGAAGAUAUCCGGGGUAUACGAGAAAAAUAUAACUUACUUGGGUAUGAGUUAUUUAUGUUUAACAUAUCGGAUACCAAACCAUCUAUUGAAAAUAUUUUUGUUGCUGAUGGCCCCGAAAUAAUUGAGCAUAAAUCAUUGGAUAGUAUUGUAAAAACUGAAGUAAUAACGGACGAAUUACAGAGUGGCACAUUUCUCAAAGACAUCGAAUUUAAUAGUGAAUUCCAAGAUCCCAUUGGUGAUGCAGUUGAAAAUCAUACUGACGAAGUAGGUAGUAGUGAACGCUUAAGUAAAAGUGUUGAAAACAGUAAAUCAGAAAAAACUAGCAAAACACAUCGACCUGUAGCAGAGAAGAAAAUAUAUCCAUGUCCGCAAUGUGAUCGAAAAUUCCAAACGAAAGAUUAUGUAUUUCGACAUAUUAAGUUUGUGCAUGAAGAAAUUCGCCCGUUCAUUUGCGAAGAAUGUGGUGAAGGUACGCACACCGAAACUACACUGCGGGAGCACAUGCUUAAACAUACCGACUAUGCCCCUUUUGAAUGUGAGAUUUGUAAGAAAGGAUUUAAAACUCAAGCACGUUUGAAGAAUCAUAUGGAGAUGCACAGUGAACAUAAACAUAUAUGCAGUGAAUGUGGUUUAGAAUUGAACUCGCGUAUAACCUUGAAUCGUCAUAUGCUUGUUCAUUCUGAUGAAAUGCGUCAUAAAUGUGAUUAUUGUGGGCGCGAAUUCAAACGAGCGAAAACUUUAAAAACUCACUUAAUACUUCAUAGUGGCUUAAAACCAUAUUCAUGUGGCUUUUGUGACAAAACAUUUGCCAGUGGUUCCAAUUGUCGUACUCACAAACGAAAGUCUCAUCCCGAAGAAUUGGCAGCCUUAGAGGCUUCCGGAGAAAAGAAAUUCACCAAAAAUAUCCCUAAAUUAGCGGUUUUAAAGACAGUGUCGGAUACAAAAUCAUCUAUUGAAAAUAUCUUUGUUGCCGAUGCACCAGAAAUAGUUGUACACAACUCCUUGGAUAAUAUUGUGAAGAGUGAAAUCAUAUCGGACGAGUUACAGAGUGGCAUCUUUCUUAAUGAAAGCGAAUAUAAUAGUGAAUUUCAAGAUCCAAUUGGUGAUGUAAUUGGAAAUCCUAUUGAUGAAGUAGAGAGUAAUAAUUCCUUUAACAAUAUUAAAGAAGAUAGUGAAUCCGAACAAAAUGGAAAAGAAUCUGAGAAGCGUAUAUUUCCAUGUCCUCAAUGCGAUAGAAAAUUCCAAACUAAGGAUUAUGUUUUCCGACAUAUAAAAUUUGUACAUGAAGAUAUACGUCCAUUCAUUUGCGAAGAGUGUGGUGAGUGUACACGCACGGAAGCUACACUGCGGGAACACAUGCUUAUACAUACCGACUAUGCACCUUUUGAAUGUGAAGUUUGUAAGAAAGGAUUUAAAAAUCAGGCGCGGUUGAAGAAUCAUAUGGAGAUGCACAGCGACCAUAAACAUAUAUGCAGUGAAUGCGGUUUAGAAUUGAAUUCGCGUGUAACCUUGAAUCGUCAUAUGCUUGUUCAUUCUGAUGAGAUGCGUCAUAAAUGCGAUUAUUGUGGGCGCGAAUUCAAACGAGCGAAAACUUUAAAAACUCACUUAAUACUUCAUAGUGGCUUAAAACCAUAUUCAUGUGACUUCUGUGACAAAACGUUUGCCAAUGGCUCAAAUUGUCGAACUCACAAAAGAAAAUCGCAUCCCGAAGAAUUGGCGGCUUUAGAGGCUUCCGGAGAAAAGAAAUUCACCAAAAAUAUCCCUAAAUUAGCGGUUUUAAAGACAGUUAAAAGUAUAAAAUCUUCUAUUAUGUCUAAUACAUUUGAAGAUUUCAGAAGUAAUUUUGCCGAAACCGAAUGGCAAUUUUGGUGUAGACUCUGUGCUAAAGACGAUGUACGAAAUAUCAAAAUAUGUCCUGAGCAAAACCAAACUCCAGUUGACACAAACGAUACACUUGUAGACUUCAUAGCGGAUUUUUUUAAAGUUCAUAUGCAGCAAAAUGAAAAUUUACCACAUUGUCUUUGUGCACAAUGUUUCUCGUUGGUUUCUUCCUUGUCCAAAUUCACAAAACAAGUUAACAAAGUGCAGAGAAUGUACAACGAAAUACAAAGUUCUACCAAAAGAAAUGAUAAAGAUUUGCGAGUGAUACGAGAUAAAUAUAAUAUACUUGAGUAUGAGUUCGUUAUGUCUAAUAGGUCGGAUACAAAUCCAUGUAUUGAAAAUAUCUUUGUUGCCGAUGCACCAGAAGUAGUUGUACACAACUCCUUGGAUAAUAUUGUUAAGAGUGAAAUCACACCGGACGAAUUACAGAGUGGUAUCUUUCUUAAUGAAGGCGAAUAUAAUAGUGAAUUUCAAGAUCCAAUUGGUGAUGUAAUUGGAAAUCCUACUGAUGAGGUAGAGAGUAAUAUUUCCUUUGGAAAUAUUAAAGAUGAUAGUGAAUCCGAACCAAAUGGAAAAGAAUGCAAAAGCCCCAAUCGGAUGAAAAUGCAACCAAAUUCCUCGGAUCAAGAAUCAAAAACAGACAAAUACUUCUGUAACGAAUGCUCACUACAUUUCAAAAGGAGUAGCAAUUAUGGUAUUCAUAUGAAGAAAAAGCAUGGCAUUGACAUAGAAAGAGAUACUUGUUUUUCUUGUUCGCAAUGUCCGAAGACUUUCAAAUAUAAAUUCAAAUUAAAUCGACAUGUAAAAAUACAUCGACCGAUAGCGGAAAAGUGUAUAUUUCCAUGUCCACAAUGUGAUAAAAAAUUCCAAACAAAGGAAUAUGUUUUGCGACAUAUAAAGUUUGUACAUGAAGAUUUACGUUCAUUUAUAUGCGAAGAGUGUGGUGAGUGUACACGCACGGAAGCUACACUGCGGGAGCACAUGCUUAUACAUACUGACUAUGCACCUUUUGAAUGUGAAGUUUGUAAAAAAGGAUUUAAAAAUCAAGCGCGUUUGAAGAGGCAUAUGGAGAUGCACAGCGAUCAUAAACAUAUAUGCGGUGAGUGUGGUUUAGGAUUGAAUUCGCGUUUAACCUUGAAUCGUCAUAUGCUUGUUCAUUCUGAUGAAAUGCGGCAUAAAUGUGAUUAUUGUGGGCGCGAAUUUAAACGUGUGAAAGCUUUAAAAAGUCAUUUAAUACUUCAUAGUGGCUUAAAGCCAUAUUCAUGUGACUUCUGUGACAAAACGUUUGCCCAUGGCUCAAAUUGUCGCUCCCACAAAAGAAAGUUCCAUCCCGAAGAAUUUGCGGCCUUAGAGGCUUCCGGAGAAAAGAAGUUCACUAAAAAUAUCCCUAAAUUAGCGGUAUUAAAAACAGUUACCCGCACAGCUGAUAAUCUGUUGCCCGUGGUAUGUAAACAAAGUGGAAACUUUUCUUCCGGCAAAAAGCCGAAUGUCCAAUCAGUUGUAAAGGAGAAACUCAACACUGUUCCUACGACAAUUGCUCUAAGUAAACGGAACGGGCCCGAAUUUUUAUCCAAUGUUGUCAAUUCGGCGCCAUGCCUUGAAAUUACUUCAGGAAUGAACAACGAAACAUAAAAAUAUGCAAGGAAUAAUACAUAAGAGUGCUAUGACGGUAUUUCCUUGUUUAACAUCAUUGUGAGUAUCAAGUCCUUAUUUUUUACAAAGCUGUGAUUGAGCUAAAGUGAUUACUCUUGAUCGGCGACCUGAAGAAUACUAUAAUAACAGACAAUAUAAUACCAAGAAUUGAUAACUGGGGAAAUGGGUAUACACAUGCAACCUACAUACUACAUGCACUUAUGUAUAUGAUGUAAACAUAGUUUGUUGAUAUAUGUAUAUUAAUGGCUACUAUAUUUCUGCUAUACGUGUUUAAAACUAAGUCUUAAUUAGUCUUUAAGCCUCACUUAAGCAUAUCAAAAUUGUCAGUAUAUAUUGAAAUGUAUUUAUUUAUACAAAAAUCAGACAAUAACUACAUACAUACAUAUGCCUGAUCGUAGUGAUAAGUCAUAGUCUUAAAUUAUUUCACUAAGUUAACAUUUUUUAUUGCAUUAUAUUAUAAUAAAUGUUAAUCAGGAGUAUAUUUUUUUAUCAAAAACUUUUGAAAGUCAUUUGUCGCGUGGUUUCCUAGAUUUAAUUAUGAUUUCAAGUUAUUCAUAUAUGGCUAUGUGUAUUUGUCUGAAACAUGAUGAUAACGAAUGGCCUUGAACUUAUAUAAAUGGAAAGUAACUAGCAGCCAUACGCUCGCACGGCACACUUUAUCUGUAUGUGCGUGAUAACAUAAAACUGUCUGGUUUAUUCUUAAAUUUAAUACGGCAGUUAAUAGUUUUAGUUCAAAAUCUUAAAUUAUUGCCAUAAAGAAUAAAUUUGAAUUCCUAUAUUUUUGCUAUAAUUUUGAAUGACAGUCCUAUAACAGAUGAAUUUUUGUAUUUACUACCAUAAGGUUAAAGGAUAUUAAAACAAGUUAAAUCAUAUUAUUUUGGUCACCGAAACAGAUUCUAGCGGCUCAUCAUAGUUUAUAAGUUAUGUAUUUGAUAAAAUUAGCAUAUAUUUAAUAAA